AUUUAUUUAGUUUUCUUUUUUGAAUGUCUUUAUUUCAGAUCAAAUUAUGAAAAUAAUAGAUUGUUUUUUUUUUAUAUCAUCCAGAAAUAAAUGCACAAGAUUGGAAUGUGGGAAGUCUUCAUUAACUUUUCUUGUCAUAAAAUUCUUAAAUGUUGGGGUUUGGGAAAGCACAGUAUAAUUUCAGAUUGGACUAUUGCCAACAAGAGGAAAGUUUCUGUCAACAAAACUAUCCAGAAAUAAAGGAGGGUGGGAAAGCUGUUCCUGCACAAGAGCUGCCGGCAGUUCACUGUUCCAAUAUUGAGCAGGAAAAAGCCACUUGCACCAUUACUGUACUGGGGCACUCAGAACAGGUGCUGAGGGGAAGCCAAACUGUCUGUGAUCCGAAUUCACUCCCUGGAUAUGUUGGUUUGUGCUUCUUGAGUAGCUUGCAGAGGAGCAGGUUUAGACAACUGUCCUCAAAUUAGUCAAUUUGUGGAGCAAACUAGAUUCCCUAUGGGGAAAGGAAAUGUUUGCUGUCUGUACGGAUAUUGAAACAGAAACGGCAAAGAUGACAGUGCAUUCAGAGAUGGUGGUGGGAUGCACAACAAAUGCAGGCUUCAUUAAAAGAGCCGAUUAAACUGAGUGUCUGUAGUAUUACAGCUGAGGCUUGAUGAAAGAGGGAGAAUUAGAACACAGUGUAAUAUUCUAUUAAAGCUUUCAGUUUUAUCUCUGAAGCUUAGUGCACUCUGGGUUGAAGACAUUUUGGAGCUCAUUUGUGUUCAUUUUGCUGAACAGGCUUAUCUUGAGAUUCCAUGAACUACUUUUGCUAAAAACUUUAAGCAAUUUGUGACUCCCAGUUUUGAAAAGAGCAGCUUAAAUUUGGGGACCAGAGAUUUCAAAUUGUGUACAUUCAAGCCUAUUUGAUUUUUAAACAGCACUGGCAAGAAAGAUCAAAGAGUUUUGUGAUAGUAAGCUACACAUAUAACAUUCAUAGAGACUUUCUAAUUUAAGUCUUUCUUUAGUGGUGGCUUCAUUAUAGAAUGGAUUUGUGUGGAAUUUCUAGUGUUGAUGUUCACAGAUGUAGCAGGCAUCUCUCUAAACAACCAGAAAUGAAAGAAAAAACAAGUUUCAGUGUUGUAAAGUACAUCUUUUUUGGAUUUAAUGUCUUUAUUUGGCUUUUAGGCUGUGGUAUGCUGUCGCUGGGUGUCUGGCUACAGCUUAACCGCACCCCACAUGUCUCCCUCAUGCCCACACAUGCCUUUCUGAGUGCUUCUGCUCUUUGCAUCACUGCUGGCGCCAUUGUUUUGGUCGUGGGAUUUCUUGGUUGCUGUGGUGCAUUUCUUGAAAAUCAGUGUAUGCUGGUAGGGUAUUUUGUGAUGGUAUUACUCAUAUUUACCAUGGAGGUUACAGCAGGCUGCCUUGGAUUUCUCAAAAAAGAUGAGCUGAGGAAUGUCAUCCAUCAGGAGCUUUUGCUGAGCAUUCAGCAAAACUAUCAGAGUGAUGAAACAGUGGAGAAGGAGUCCGUCUAUCAUUCUACUUCAGAUAAAAAUAAGCCAGAUGAUUGGUUUCGAGUAAUUGACGGCUUGCAAUCUGAGCUACAGUGCUGCGGAGUGAAUAAUUUCACUGAUUGGUACAACAUCAAGGCGUGGCCAAAUGAGCAGAAGGUCCCAGACUCCUGCUGCAAGCAGCCAGAGGAGGGCUGUGGUCAGUUGGAGCCAAGGUUUUGGUUCAAGGAUGGCUGCAUGGGAGAGAUAGACUACUUUUUUUCAAGGAACAUGUACAUUCUUGGUGUUGUGGGGAUUACAGUUGCUGUAGUACAGAUUUUGGGCAUGGUUGCUGCUGUGGUCCUGUUCUGUUACAUUCGGAGCAAUAGAUUCUUUCUGUAAAAGUUUCUAUCAUGUUUUCUCGUCCUGUGGAUAAGGAACUGACACCAGGUAUUCUAUGUGAAAUCGGUGAUCAAGAGACAAUCAAAACAGGCUGAGCUCUGCAUUUAUAGAAUUUUCUCACAGAAGUAUUUCAAGAAGAAAUCAUCAUGUGUGAAUGACCCAUCCUUCAUGUGUUUGCUGUUGUCUUCAAAAGGCUCGUAGCUUACAUCACUUUCUUCUUGUCUUUGAGGCAGCUGUUGGCAUUGUGUCCUUAUUUUAUUAAAAGUAUAUGAAUACCCUUCAGCUUGCUUGAAUGCGAGGAAGGUGUCACUGAUCAGUAUAUUGUGAAGUGUGUGAGGUUGCCUAUUGUGCUGCCUCAGCUGCUGAUUCUUACUGCUGUUUUGAGGUUCUCAGUGAACACAAGGCUGAUAAAUCAGUGUCAUUUUUUAAAAUUUAUUUAAAUUUUUUUAUUUUUAAAAAUACUUACAUAGUUGACAGAAUUUUCAGAUCUUUAUUGCAUUAGGUGCUUGAUCAGAUAUAUUUGAAUAUAUGUGAAAAUUCGUUGACCUACCAAAAUGUUGCAUUGUUGUGGGAAUGUUUGCCAAUUUGAAGUGUGACAUAGACGUAGCGAUAAGGUGUGAAAGCUCUCUCUAACAACACUAGAAAAUGCUUGUUAAGUGCUAUUUUCAAAAUGCAGAAAGUUCGCAGUGGGACAACAAUGGUGACCAUGCUGAUUUCUUUCAUUCUUAACUCUUGUGUGCAUUUUAUAGGCACAUUUUUUAGCACAAAGCAUAUGUAAAAGGUAUUUGUUCCCAAAAUUUGAGUUAUGCAUAUAUAACUUACAAGUUAGAAAAUCAUCCUUUUUAUAACUGUAUGCAACUUUUCUGCUCACAGUAACCACAAGAGGAAUCUGUGUCUCUCACUCAAUUCUAAACAAUUACAGUUUAUCUUAAUUUCUUCCACCUUCACUUUGUCUAAUAUGUCUUAUUCACCUUCCUUCACUCAUUAUUCAUUUUCAAAACUUGCUGCCACCCCUAAACUGGUUUUACAUAAUCCAGCACUACCUCGUGUUUAGUCCCCUCUUUAUGCGAGGCAUGGCUGUCAAGCAUAAUUAUGUAAAGGUAAUUACAUGAUCAUCCUGCUAAAAUAAAACUUUCAAGAGAAAAGAUUAGGACUAGGUAGUGCCUUACAUUACAACUGUUAAUAGUUGCUUAAGCCGUUUCUUCUGAGAAGUUUUUGUCAUAGGAUUCUUUAAUGGUGAUUAUAAUUUCAUUAUUACUUUCUUUUCUGAAUCCAUGCUAAAGAUUAUUAAAAAUGUGCAAUAUAUUUAAUAUUCUUCAAAUUUUUGCAAAUUUUAUUUUUAUGUGUAUGUUAAAGCCAACAGGUCACUGAGAUUUGCAUUUCCAUACAGGGUUCAUAUUGUCUUUGCAGUUUUUGCAACAUGUUUAGGUGUAUUUUAUCUUCAGUGGUUGCUUGAUAGAUACUGAUGGUUGGGUCAGUUUGAUUUCUUUAUGAAUAAAAAGAAAAAUUACAUGCAUUACUAAUACUCUUUGUCAGUGGAGACUAAAGCUAGUCACAAUCAGCCAACUGUGCCACUGAUUUGUUAUGUUUAGUUAUAUGAUGCACCUCAUAUUCUAGAAUUAUAAUCUGUGCUAGUCAAAUUGACGGUUUCUUUAGCUGACAUAAACUCAUGGCUUAGUCUUCACUUCUAUGGAUAGCAUCACACGUAGCAACGAAUGAUUAACUUGCUGUAAUGCCACAUAUGUAAUUGGUCUUUGAAGACAUGAAGAAACCCCAUAAUAAAUAAGAAAAAGACCAAACAUAUCUGAAUAAGGCCUUAUCAGACUACUCAUCAAUGUUAUUAAGCGAAAAAUACUAUCGUCUGAAAAAAAUUGUUUAGUGCAAAUAUUCAUUGAAAGAAAUGUUUUGUUCUACUUGCAGUAAACAGUAAAUUUGACCACCAGCUUUGCUCAAUAUACUUUUCAGGAUAUGAACAUUUAUUACAACUGAAUCUUUCAGUGAGGCAUGACUUUAUUAUGUUAAAAAAUCUCUUUGGUCAUCAGAACAUGAGUCAUGCUCCCCUUCAUAAAUCAGGCUGUAGUUGUGUUAAUGUGUCAUGGACUUUGUACUUUUUAUCUAGUACUGUAACAUGAAUCUGUGCUUUGUAUGAUGACCCUGUUUUAUCAUUGAUGCUGGGUCAUGAGAGCCAGCAUUCUUAUUUGCAGUUGAUUUUACUGUUUUGUUAUGUUUAGUCCCCCACCCUUCAUGGCAUGGAGACCCUCUUUCACAAUUUAUACUUUUGUUGCACAUUAGAUCAGUAGUUCAGUCUUAGUAGCAGUGAAUGUUUAAUAACUGGUCACCAAAAUAUUAAAGAACAGAAAAUAAGCAUUAUUGUUAGAGAACGCAUUUAACAAGACUGCAUACUUGCCAGCAACAGUUAUAAUGUUCUAGGGCAAUGACAGUUUUUAUUCCAUCCUCCACCCCCCUUCCCACCAGCUGCCAUCAGAAAUUGUCUUCAAACUUUAUUGAACUGAAAAGAAAAUGUGAGAUAUGGAAAUUGAUUACUACUUGCUGAUGAUUUUUUCUGGGGGGGGGGGGUGUUGUCAUGUGAGUGCUAUGUGGCUGUUUUUGAACACAUGUUUGCACAAUAGAGGUCUGUUUCCUGUGUAAUCAUUACUUUUGCAUGUAUCAUUUUCUGGAGAUAAUAUGAUCAAAUUAAAAAAAAAACAAGUUCUGUAGCCAGUGUUGUAAUAAAAUGUUUUAUCUCCCGGCCAAAGAAGUAUUAACUAACAGCUUUAUUUUUGCACGGUCCAUGUGAACUUGAAGUUUGUUACUGGUGAAGGCAUUUCGCAGAUGGUUACUUACAUAAAUCUCUACAUCUGUGCUUAAGUACAUGGACAUAAAUACAUGAAAACCUCUUCUAUAUAGAGAGGCAGCAGGGAUUUCUUCUAAUAAACAGCUGCUGCUUGGAAAUGUGUAGUACCAAUCCUGUAAUUUUUUAUGGGUGGGAGUUGUCGUUGGUAAUGAUGUACACUGUUUAGUAUCCAUCAUCCUUGAAAGAGAUAUUUUGUAAUGAUUAUCAUCAUUGCUAAUUGCUAGUUUCACAGUUUAUAGGACAUAACUAUUGUACUGCUAUGUAAAAAUUUGAACGUUUGUAUGUACACCGUAUGACCUGCUCUUGAUGUAUUAUAAUCAAAGUAAAAAGUUAUGAAACCCAUGAAAUUCCUGUCACUUGUCAAUAAACAUGAUUCAAACCAUA